AUGGCUCAUAUUUUGGCGGUUCUCGAAGCCCUGAAGACUACGGGAGGGGUGACGCCUGUGCAAGUUGAGGGAAGUGCUCAAUAUUACCCUUCGUUGUUCAAUGCUGGGAGCCAAUCUGUUUCAUUCCCAAUGUAUGGAUUGCCUCCAGGUUACACCCCACCUGUGGGAGAAUACACAGAAGGAGAGCAGACUUCAUUCUCUUUCCCUACCACUGCUAACCUACCGCCAAUCAGUACUCAGGGGCCUGUUGUAAUGUCUGCACCUAUGGUAAAUGAAGGGAUGCAUGCAGGCAUGACUGAUGGAAUACGAGUAACCCCGGUGCCACCUGUGAUUACCGGAGAGGGCUUUUCUACAAAGGCUGCGCCAUAUACUUCGUUUCAGGGGGUAACUAGAAAUGUUGAUGGGGCGAAGGAUAAACUGGAGAGCCUAGAGGCAAGAUUGAGGGCUGUUGAGGGGUAUGAAAGUUAUGGAUUUGGGGAUGUUUCUAGAUUGAGCUUGGUUCCUGGCGUCAAAAUACCACAUAAGUUCAAAGCGCCAGAUUUUGAGAAGUAUAAGGGAAAUACAUGCCCAAAGAGCCAUCUAACUAUGUUUUGCAGAAAGAUGGCUGCAUAUGCUUAUGAUGAGCAACUGCUCAUCCAUGUUUUUCAAGAUAGUUUGGCUGGAGUGGCGUUAAACUGGUAUACCCAUUUGGAGCCGACUCGAAUUCGUUGUUGGGCGGACUUGGCUGAUGCUUUUGUGAAGCAGUAUAUAUACAAUACACAUGUUGCGCCAGAUCGUUUACAGCUGCAAAACAUGUCGAAGAAAGACAACGAAAGUUUUAAGGAGUAUGCUUAG